AUGUUUUCUGUUACAAAGUCUUCAACCUUUGUUCCUGCGAAUUCUUAUUCUACAGUGCCCAAGAAAUCUUCAGAUGCUGCCCAUAAAAGGGUACCCAAAAAAAGAGUUUUUUCUUCUUCAACAUUAUUCAGCCAUGUUCAUCGGUUCAACGACAACAACAACAACAACCGUAACAGCAUUGUUCUUGAUUCUCAUGCCAACAAGAGAGCUAAGUUGGAAAAGAGUGAAGAAAAUUCAAGGAUGAAGAAGGGUACUACUACUGAUGCCAUAAAAGAACGUGAAGAGAAGAAACGAAGUUAUUCGGGUAUGGAUGAAUUCAAGAAUAUGCAGUGUUCAGUAACGCUGAGAAGGUUAUUGGUUCAUCCAGAUGGAGUGUAUUUCAAGAAAGGAAAGGCUUUGAUGGAUUUGGAGAGGGUUCAGCGGAAGCUACGGAACAAUUUGUACAACAAAACUGAUCAAUUUGCUGCUGAUAUCAGAGCGGUCUUUCGCAAUGUCAUGUCCCAGUACCCCUCGGGGCAUGAAGUUCAUGGAACCGCCGCGAAGUUAAGCGAUUUUUUCGAGACAAAGUGGAAGAAUUUGGAGGGAAGAUGGCUAGCUGAGAAGGAAAACAAGUUAGAGAAAGAAGCGCCAAAGCCAAAUUCAAAGCCUUUGAAAUCGAAUGUAGGGGAGAAAAGGAAACAAUUUUCUGGUUCAGAUUUAUCAAUUGCUAUUGCCAAAGCUAAAUUGAUAUUGGAGAAGAAGAAAAACAAUGAAGCUGCACAACAGAACAGAGUUUGCUUGCAAAGGAAGAAACAAAGGGAGAUGAUGCAGAAAAUGGAGAGAACAAUUUUCUUUGAUGAUACUUUCAAGUCCUUUCAGGAUUUGGAAAACUUGUGUGGCCAUUCACUGACACAUUAUUGCACAAAGGAAAAUCCAUUGUUAAAGAACCUCACAGGUUUGGUUCUUAAGGAAGAGGAUUUUGAAGACAACAACUUUCUUAGUGAAGAUCUGGAAGAAGGAGAAGUUUUCUGA